CAUUCUUAGCUUGGCGUCAUCAACCUUCUCCUAUUCUUCAUGUUCCGUGCUCGUCUUCUCCCUCUUUUCCCGAUAGCCGAUUCGCCAUAUUGUGUUUGCAUUUCCAGCGCAAUUCAUAGUAAAUAUCUUCGCAUUUUGAUCGUCCAAAAGCAUUACCUGUUAGCCAGCGGUAAAGUAGCAGAAUCAGCUACGGAAAAUGAGUUACGGUAGGCCACCGCCUCGCAUAGAGGGCAUGGUAUCGUUGAAAGUGGACAACCUUACGUACCGAACCACCCCGGACGACUUGAGGAGAGUCUUCGAGCGUUGCGGCGAAGUCGGGGACAUCUACAUCCCCAGGGACAGGUUUACCAGGGAGAGCAGAGGAUUUGCUUUCGUCAGAUUCUAUGACAAGAGGGACGCCGAAGACGCGCUAGACGCCAUGGACGGACGCAUCUUGGACGGCAGGGAGUUGAGAGUGCAGAUGGCCCGUUACGGAAGGCCCACAUCACCACGCAACCGCUAUCGUGGAGGCGGCGGUCGUAGAAGGUCACGUUCUCGGUCUCCGCGAGGACGCCGAAGCAGCAAAAGACGUUCGCCUUCCAGAAGUCGCAGCAGAUCUGACAGCAAGAGCAGCCGGGGAAGGUCGAGAUCAGCGUCCAGGGAGAACGGACGGUCCAGGUCCAGAUCUUAAGCAAAGAUUUCCAACACGGGCUGAAAUUUGUCUCGCAGCGUGUCUCUUCAUUUAAAGGUAUCUAUUACUAUAAUAUUUAGUCUCACCUUGCUUAUUUUCAACAUUUUUACUUUGCGAUUUAUCCGUAUACUCAUAUCCAUGUGUGCGUGCAUGUAUGUGUUUUUUUUUUGUAUAAUCUGCGAUCACUAUGAGUCAUUUUCAUGGAACAUACGUUUAUGUUUUUGAAAAAAAAAAUGUUGGAAUUCCUCUUUGAAUCAGUUUAUUAAUCUUACAAAACCAAUGAAGAUUAAUUCAUUUUAUAUUCGGUUGCAUUUUAGGCUAACGUGGAACAUGUUGGAAGGUUUUCACUGGUAGUCAUCUUUGAUGUUUGUUCUAUGAUAAUUUGCGAAAAUUAAUUUUGUAGACACUUCUUAUAUGCAUACUAAUGAUUUGAUAAAAUCUGAAGUUUAUAGAAACAUUCACAUGUUGAUGGCUGCCAGGAAAAUUGAAAAAUCCGCGCUCAAUUUUGCAUUAGUCUAUCAAAGAUGUAUCAAAAACUUCGUUGUUUGACGUUUCAGAGGCUCCUGAUCAUUUUUGGAAACCUUUUUUGGGUACAAAAAAAAGUCAAUAUCGUCAUCCACGCGGGAUUAGUCAUAGCCACCGUCAUGUGCGCCCGUAGGAAUUUUUGUCAGGGGAAGUGGGGAGUCAUUUAUUUUUUUUUAAUUCUUUACGUUUAUGCUGAGUUUUCCUGUUGGAACAAGUUUAGCCUCCAUGAUAGCUGAAGCUUAACUUCUGUAACAAUCGAUGCAUGCAUACAGAGAUUUUACAGUUUUUGUUGCCUUGUGACGUCAAGGUCGCACAUUCCCUUUUUUCAACAGUCUGUUUAAUAAUUUUCGUCUGACUGUUUCAUGGACUGAAAAACAUUGUUUAUGCAGUUAAAAAAUGCAUAAUUUUUACAUUUUUUCUACAAUCACAACUAGUUAUCAAAUGAUAGUGCUCCUUUGAAAUUGUAUGAGAAUGUCCUACAAAUUAUACUAGAUUUGAUUAAUUAUUUUUUUCUUGUCAUUUUUCUUCAAAAAAGCUUUGCUUUUCUCUUUAAAACUUUUGCAGCAAAGAUGGCAAAAAAUGCAAAGCUUUUUGAAGAAAAAAAAUAUUAGAAAAAAGUUAUUGCUCAAAUCCACUACAGCUGUGUAAUAUUCCCAUAAUAAUAUUAUCUUUAUUCCAAAUCUAGAAUCAGAAAUACAUAAUACAUACAAACGACAUAAAUGUUGAAAUUAACGUGAUACCUGUGCAAAAACUAAAACGAAGCAUUCAUGUAUUUGGAAAUACUAUAAGGAUCUAACUAAAUUAAAACCUGUUUCAGUUUUUUUUUUGAAGGUUGCUGUACUUUUCAUCACUUUGAAAUGAGUAGGUAGUUAUACAAUUUUGUGCAUUUACAGUUUUUUAAAUAAUUACUGUCAGCUAUGCUAGCAACACAUUCAGAGCUCCUGUACCGUAUGUAUGGUCAUUUUGCGUGUGAAAAUCGUUUCUAUUUUAUACUGCUUAACCUAAAAACGCAUCUACAUAUUUCAUUAACGACAGUUCUGAGUUUCCAUUAUGUAACAUCGAUUCAAAAUUUGCACAAUUUCAAAUAUUCUUAAUUUACAUACCUAGACAACACAAACACAAGCAGUUCAAUUUAUGCAUAUAGUUCAAGAUAAAAAUUCGUCUAAAGGAAUUCCUAACACUGUAAUCUGCUGAUUUGGAUAUUACUAUCAGAAAGUGCGAUAUUUUGUAGUAUAACAAACUGUGAUUGCUUUGUUCUAAAUAUUGUUAAAUCAGUUUUGUUCUUAUUUAGUACAAGUUUAUCCAUUGCCAACCAUUUCCUUGCUGCUGACCAUUAUGUCCAAUCCAGUAGUGCCUUUGUCGCUAAUGAGUAAAGCUAUAUGACAAAUAAUAAGGGACCUAUCACAGUGCCCUGUGGUAUACCUACCUCAUUACAAAUGAAAUCUGACUUUUUAUCGUUACACGUUGUUUAAUGAUGUUAUUCGAAUCAGACGAAAAAUAUUAAGAACAAUCCUUAAAAAAGACGUUGAAGAAAAGGGAUGUGCGACUUUUAUCAUUAACCAAAUGCAUUAAGCAACCUGAAUAUUCAAGUGACAGGCAAUGCAAAACGCACCGACAGUCAAAAGCACGCGUGCUUGUCUUUUACCUCAUCGCAUUAGCAUUUUCCCAUAAAAUUGUUUUACGAUCAAUGUUCACAUUAGUGUUAUAAGUAAUAAGAAAAAUUGAAAAAGAAAACAUUUCUGAUGCAAAACUUUGAUGCACAGCGCAGGAGGCGUGUAGCUGUUGUGAAAAAGAGAGAUAGAGAGAAAGAAAGAGCGUUGCUGACAAAAUGCGGCAGAUGUGGCGGUGUAGCUGACACUCGUGUGUAGCUGUAGCUGUGCUCAGCAAAUGUACGGGGCGUGUGUAGCGGUGUUAGAGAGCGGUCAGAGUGGUGUUAGAGAUGGGGUUUUAAGACGGUGCAGAACGGUGCAAAAGCAGUGCAGAGCGGUGCAGCAGCUGCCGACUCGACUGCGCAACUGUAGCUGUGUUGCUGCCAAGGGGUUUGAUUGGUUGGCGCUUCACACACACUCGCGGACACAAAGAUAUGCUGUUGAAGCUGCACGGCGUUUUUGAAAAAUAGAGCGAUUUAUACAGGGAUCGGAUGCCGGAGCUUCGGUGUAAAUGUCAGGUUAUAUCACCGGGUAUGUCGAUUAACGUCAUAGUCACCGGAGAAUAGGUCUGUUAGGGCCGUGUCGUCAGUCGCUCCUGCAAUUGUAGGACGGCUUUUGGCCUCUUUGAUUUUCAUAGUAUUUUCUCUCGUCCAGAAAGGCGUAACUGUCGCGGAUUUUCAUUGGCCCAAUAACGGCAAUUCUGUUGGUUAACCUUGCCAUUAAGAUGAAAGUGAGCUUGCUGGAUAAGCGCUUCCAUCUCACGUUCACCGUUGUCCGUAAUCUCCGGGUUGCCGAGCAGAUCGAGCCUUGGAGCUCCUGUUGAUCAGUACACCACGUGUGCGAAGUGACUGAACCCAACGAAAGAUGGUGUUUCGAGAUGGAACAGCUCGAUUCCGUUGAAUAUGUGACGAAACUGUACCGCUGUGAUAUACUCAUUAUGUCAGAUGCGAAAACGUGGUGCUGAACCGUCCACUGCUUCAUAAUGUCUACUGGUAAAAAUGCUAGGAACGGCCAAGUAAAACGGCACUCGCCCGAAUAGGGGGAGAGUACUAGCCAUUUCAAAAACAUCCGUCCUUUGUGCCAUGUAUAAAGUCUUACCAUGUCGCCGACAUAUCUGGUGAUAUAACCUGAUCUUUUCAUUCUUGCAGAGGCUAGUCGGAAAUCUGUCCUUGUAAAAAUCACUUGCAAAGAUGGUAAACAUAGUUACAUUGAAAAGUGCAAUGAUGUUUUUCUAUCAGAUUUUAUUCAUGUCUGUUGAUUUAGAGUUGUUCCGAAUUUAUUGUCGCAAUGUGUUUCCGUUUGUGGACCAGAAAGAUAGGAAUAUGAACGAUUUAUUUUUCUUCUUUCAAGAAAAUAUUUCGCAAUAUACGUAUUGGGUUUUGGUUAUAAUACUUUUGCGAUAUUACGUCGACUAGAAAUUAAGUGCCGUUGAUUUCGUUUACAGAUAAAUUU